AGCGUCCUGCGCCGUGCGUGACUCUAACGCAACACGGCAGUUACGUCGCAAUAAGUAGACUUAUCUCCACUGCGCUGCGAUAAUCCAGCGCUUAUCAGCAAAACCGGCAGGUUCCGAGAGCGUUUCGCUGGUCGCUUUACCGAAACGCCUGACCGCGCUCUGAAUUAACGAGUCUACGCGCAAGCCAAGGGACCUCCAAUAAGUCUGAUGGAGGCAAGGACAGUGUCAGUGCUUGCGGGGCUCGCGCACCGAGUCGCGAGUGCAGCAUGGAGGAGUGCCAGCGGUCUGCGGACUUGCACCACUACGACGCCAACGUACGGGAGAACGUCCGUCUACGUCAAGGAGGCUCUGGACCUUCUGGACUUCGACCCUCAGGUUGAGAAGGCCAUCCUCAACCCCGACCGCGAAGUAACGGUGAACCUGGUGGUGCCCAUGGACAAUGGCGAGGUCAACAUGUUCCCCGCCUACCGGGUGCAGCACAACAACGCGCUGGGGCCCUUCAAGGGCGGCAUCAUCUACCACCCCGGUGUCACCCUGGAGAACAUGCGCAACCUGGCCUCGCUCAACACGUGGAAGUUCAGCCUGCUCAAUGUGCAGUUCGGCGGCGCCAAGGGCGGCGUGGGGGUGGACCCGCGCAGCCUCAGCGAGCGCGAGACGGAGAAACUGACACGCAAGUACGUGCAGGCCCUGCAGGAGGUGAUUGGGCCGCACACUGACAUCCCCGCGCCCGACAUCAACACGGACGAGCACCACAUGGCCUGGAUCUUUGACCAAUACUCCCGACUGCGCGGCUUCGCGCCCGCCGCCGUCACAGGCAAGCCGACGUGGCUGCACGGCAUUGUGGGUCGCGACAAGGCCGGCGGCCGCGGCGCCGCCAUCGCCACCCGGGAGUUCCUGACCCGCUCCCUGAGGCGCAAGGUGGCGGGCACGUCCUUCCUCAUCCAGGGCUUCGGCAAGCUGGGCAGCUGGACGGCGCAGAUCCUGCAGCAGGAGAUGGGCGCCAAGAUUGUGGGCGUAUCCUGCUCCGAGACUGCCGUGUACAACGAGGAGGGGCUGGACAUCCCGGCGCUGAGGGCGCACGUGGCGGCGGGGGGGCUGCUCAAAGACUUCCCCGGCGGCACGGGUGUGCUCAACGACGACUCAUUCCUGGACCUGCCGGCCGACGUGUUCAUUCCCUGCGCCGUGGACGGAACCAUUCACGCCGGCAACGUCCACCGCUGCGUCAACUUCAAGGCGGUGGUGGAGGCAGCCAACGGCGCCCUGACGCCCGAGGCGGACGCGGCACUGCGCAAGGCCGGCGUGCCGGUGCUGCCCGACCUGAUCGCCAACGGGGGCGCCGUGGUCGUGUCGUUCUUCGAGUGGGUGCAGAACAACCAAAACAUGCAGUGGGAGGAGGACGACGUGAAGCGCGAGCUGGACCGCUACCUGACCGACGCGUUCGAGGCGCUGCUGCGCGAGCAGUCGCUGCACGCCGGCUGCAGCCUGCGCACGGCCGGCUACCUGGUGGCACUGAGGCGGCUGCAGCAGGCCGAUUCCGUGCGCGGCCACUCCUAGGGCAGUGGCAGGCGGGUGGCGGGUGGCAGAGAUGGAGAGGUGUGUGUAGGCUGUGCGCUAGGCUGAAGAGGCCGGCGAGGUGAGGCAUCCUAACCAGCUAUACUUGCCGGCUUGACACUGUUGACAGGGCUUAGCGGUUGCCAUGUUUCGUUGAGGACUGCAAUUCUGGGACGAUGGAAGUCCAUUUGUUGACGCACGGCCGCACGGGACUUCAGUGCGGCGUGCUUUCACGACGUUCUGGUGCCCUGGCCAUUGCCAGACCCUACGGCUCAGCACAUAUUUUCAAACCACUCUGCUGUAACAUCAAGGU